AGUGGAAAGAUGUCCGGUCGCGGGAAAGGCGGGAAGGGUCUCGGCAAAGGCGGCGCCAAGCGCCACCGUAAAGUCCUGCGGGACAAUAUCCAGGGCAUUACCAAGCCGGCGAUCCGUCGCUUGGCGCGGCGCGGCGGCGUGAAGCGGAUCUCCGGGCUGAUCUACGAGGAGACCCGCGGCGUGCUGAAGGUCUUCCUGGAGAACGUGAUCCGAGACGCCGUCACCUACACCGAGCACGCCAAGAGGAAGACCGUGACCGCCAUGGACGUGGUCUACGCCUUGAAGCGCCAGGGCCGCACCCUGUACGGCUUUGGGGGCUAAGU